AGUUCGGGAGGAUGGUGGCUUAGACAUAAUGGAAGUCUCCGGUGGAGCCGCGGAUCCACCUGCCCACGUGUCUACGGUCGCCGUGGAACGAGGUGUGAACCGAGCCCGGACUUCUUCGGACCACAUGGAUUCCUCCCGCUGGGAGGCUGUCAGCGAGCGGAUAUAAAUCACCAGGAGAUGCCUGACACUUCAUGUGCUCCUUGACAAUGUAAGGCGGUCCACCAGGGGCUCUCACCGGCCGACCCAAGCGAGAUAACCGACCCAGGAGGUCCAGACGCGGGCGACAGCAUGUACAUCUUGUGGGUCCCGGUGAGUUUGUUCCUGGGCUUCAUCAUCUCCCACACGUGGAGCGUUCAGAUGUCGUGGGACAACUGGAGGACGCGGAACCGCGCGAACGAGUUCGACAAGCCCAGCAGCCAGCCGCACAUCGUCUUCAUCCUCGUGGAUGACCAGGGCUUCCGAGACGUGGGCUAUCACGGUUCCGAGAUCAAGACUCCGACUCUGGACCGGCUGGCGGCGCAGGGAGUCAAGCUGGAGAACUACUACGUUCAGCCGCUGUGCAGUCCGUCCCGGAGCCAGCUGAUGACCGGCAGAUACCAGAUCCACACUGGUCUUCAGCACUCCAUCAUUCGAGCUACACAGCCCAACUGCUUGCCCCUGGAAAACGUCACAUUGCCCCAAAAGCUCAAGCGGGCAGGAUACUCCACUCACAUGGUGGGCAAAUGGCACCUGGGAUUCUACAAACGUGGCUGCCUCCCCACCCAGCGUGGCUUCGAUAGCUUCUUCGGCUCUCUCCUGGGGAGCGGGGACUACUACAGCCACUAUAAAUGUGAAGGUCCUGGUAUGUGUGGCUACGACUUGUAUGAAGGGGAGGAGGCUGCUUGGGAACAGGAUAGAGGAAUGUACUCCACUACGAUGUUUACUCGCAAAGCUAUCAGCAUUUUAGCGAACCACAACCCUGACAGGCCAUUGUUCCUGUACCUGGCCUAUCAGGCAGUUCACUCCCCACUGCAGGUUCCUGCCCGCUACCUCGAUCGCUACAAGGGCAUUCCAAAUCUGCAUCGGCGGAAAUAUGCGGCCAUGGUGACCUGCCUUGAUGAAGCUAUCCACAACCUCACGUUGGCAUUGAAGCGCUAUGGUUUCUAUGAGAAUACUGUUUUGAUCUACUCCUCUGAUAAUGGAGGCCAACCGUUGGCGGGGGGUAGCAACUGGCCCCUGAGAGGAAGCAAGGCUACGUACUGGGAAGGAGGCAUCAGGGCAGUUGGCUUUGUGCAUAGCCCCCUGUUGGUGAACAAAGGGACAAAGUGUAGAUCUUUGGUCCACAUCACAGACUGGUUCCCCACAUUAGUGACACUGGGUGAAGGAACUCUAGAUGAAGACUUAAAUCUGGAUGGAUACGAUGUGUGGGAAGCCAUUAGUGAGGGCCGUCCUUCGCCACGCCACGAUAUUCUCCAUAACAUUGACCCUAUUUACAUAAAAUCUAAAAAUGGAUCAUGGAAGGCUGGUUAUGGAAUCUGGAACACAGCCAUCCAGGCUGCUCUUCGCGUUGGCCAUUGGAAGCUACUAACUGGGGUGCCUGGUUACAGUGACUGGGUGCCCCCUCAGACCUUCUCCAACCAGCGCCUCACCCAUCGCUUACACAACGAGCGUGUGCGAUGGGAUCGGGGCAAGUCUCUCUGGCUCUUCAACAUAACCGCCGACCCUUAUGAAAGAGUGGACUUGUCUCAGCGCUACCCUCACAUUGUUAAGAAGAUGCUGAUGCGGCUCGCGCAAUACAACAAGACAGCGAUUCCUGUCCGCUACCCAGCCAAGGACCUGCGUUCCAACCCCCAGUACAACGGUGGCGUGUGGGGACCUUGGUACAAAGAUGAGUCAGACAACAAGCGAGGGACGGGUGACAGAUAUGAUCACUUUUUCACGAACCAUCUGAGUCCAAAAAGAUGGCCCAAUAAGUUAAUGAGCAGGAAGCUUAAGAGGAGAGUGGAGGACUGACCUUCAGCAUUUGUGAAAGACUUGCAUUAUCUCAGGGACUGAUACCUGCCUUUUUCAGGCAGUUUAUUUACUUUUUAAAAUUUUUAAAAAGGAGAAAUCCACUCGUUCAAACACUACUGUCCCGCCCAAACAUAACAAUGACCUCAUGUUGAAAUCUUGGGCAUUUCAAGAAUUUUAUUUUUCUAGGUUGUGUUGCAUGCUUGAACUGUUUACCCUGUUGCACCGUUGUUAUCAACAGUGUUUGCAGAUGAUUCGCAUAAUCAUAGUUGUUUCAUGUUGAGUUCCAUGUGGCAAUAAUUAAUGUGACAUGCAAGUUGAAUGUGGUCCGUACUACAGAAGAGGAUUAAGGCCAGUGAAGGAAAAAAAAUUUUCUAUUAAUCUCAGAAUGACUUCAUAUUAAUGUGAGAAUUCUGACUUCAAUCUCAGAUUUUUUUCUUUAGAGUCAGAAUUCUCACUUUCUAUUUUCUCUAUUUUUUUCCUUCGCUGGCCCUAAUCCUCUCCUUGGUCUGAUGAGCACAGCUUGCACAAACUAGAAUAGACGAUGUUCAGUCUUUUUGGAACAUGACUGGUCUGGCACCGGGCCACCUGAAUGUAUGACGAACAAAAUAAAAGUCAC